CAGGCGGCGGAAGUUUGUGUUGUGUUGUGGAAGUCGGAUGUGCUUCAAACUAAAAACCUGCCCCGUACAGGUGUUAUAUUUUAAACUCAGCGGUUAAAUGCGGAGUGUAACGUUAUUUAUCAGUGCGCAGUAAAUUAGAGGUAAAAUGUCGAACCUUAAAGAGUCCAUGGAGAAACUGACCCGGGUCUAUGAGCGCUACACCGAGUAUGUGAAGAGAAAUCCAGCCGCCACAGCUCAGCUGGAGAGCACCGUGAGGACCCUGUCUUACCUGAUCGCAGGGCGAUUUGCAGAUUCCCAUGAAAUAUCUGAACUAGUGUACUCUGCCUCCAACCUCCUGGUGCUGUUUAACGACAGCAUUCUGCGCAAAGGGCUGAGAUGUGCCUUCCCUGUGUCUCUGUCUCAGCAGAGACUCCUCACCUGGCUCUCCGUGUUGGAGUACAUGGAAGUCUUCCUGGAGAUGGGAGCCUGUAAGCUGUGGGGAGACGUCGGCCGCUGGCUGGUGAUCGGACUCAUUCAGAUUUUUAAGUCAGUUUUUCGCCUUGUGCUUCUUCUGUGGUACAAAUCUGGCAUCCAGACUUCGCCUCCCAUAAUCCCCCUCGACAGAGGAGCAGAAUUUGCCAGUGAAGAUGAUGGGAACAGGGAGCAGUCAGGUGACACCUGCUUCGUGGGUCAGAGGUCAGGACGUGUCAUCAGACCACUAGGCAGCGCUCCCUCCCUGCAGGCGCGGCUGUGGGGAGCACCGAGUCAGACGAAGAGGAGGAGCAGCUUAAAUGAAGAGAAGCUCCACAACAAACCGACUCAGCUGGGGCUCCAGGAGACGCUCGCCGAGUCUGUGUACAUCGGACGGCCUCUUGUACACCUACUCUGCCUCGGACUCUGUGGGAAACAAUCGUGGACGCCGUGGCUCGUCUCCGGAGUCCUGGAACUGUCCAGCUUCGCCGUGCUCAGUGAUGCUAAAUUCCAAAAUCGAUGGGAGAAAGCUGAGAUGAGGAGGAGGACCUUCCUGCUGCUCUACUACCUCCUGCGUUCACCCUUCUAUGACAAAUACUCUGAGGAAAAGAUUCUGUUCCUGCUCAGACUUCUGGCUGAUCACGUUCCAGGAAUCGGCCUCGUAGCACGCCCUCUGAUGGAUUACCUCCCCACCUGGCAGAAGAUCUACUUCUACAACUGGGGAUAAAACCUGCCGCCAUCUUUGAUGGUCACAAGUCGACGAGGGCAACGGUGAGACCGGAGCUGUCAGGCCCAGGGACUGAGACACUUUUUUUAAUUCCCCAAAAAUCAGAGUAAAGACGUGGAGAUGAUUACCACGUCCUUGAUCCUGACACUACAGAGCUCUGCUGUGACUCGUACUAAAAGAAAAGACUUGCCUCGUGCAUCAAAUGUCGGAGAACUUCAUUCUUUGAGUCCAUGAUUGGUGCUGCCAUCUGUGCUGUGAUUAGUUUGCUUCUUGCAUUGACAGUUUUAUAACAUGUGACUGAAUAACUCUGUGAGCGACGUUAUCGUUUCAUUCCAUCGUAAAAGCAGUGUUUUUAUCUGUCGAGGUCGAGAUCAGGCGCCAGCUGAGCUCUUAAAACUGAGAAGCACAUCAUUCAAGUUGAGCAGCAGCUCAUCUCCACCAGCACGGAUCUGAAUUUCCAGUUGAUCUAGUUAGAGGGUCUUGAUGCUGAAUAGAGGGAGUGCACACACACACACACACACACACACACACGACUGAACAGCACCACAGACAACACAUUAAACAUGAUGGAAACUUGUGAGACAGCAAAAACAGGUUUAAGACUCCAUGUGUGUGUUUGUGUGUGUGAUGACAUGCGAUUGACGAGAGCGAGCCCCAGGUUUGAAAUCUUUAUUAACAUACUGAAUAAGUUUCUUUUUGUAGCCUACAAAUAAAUAGUUGAACAUUU